AAUUUAAUUUUGAUUUAAUCAUCAACAGAUCGAUCUACGAUCGAUGGCGAAGGAAUUCAACGUACCGCCGGUGGUAUUCCCGUCCGGCGGGAAUCCAGGUCCGCAGCAAAGACGCCUGCCGACGGCGCCGUUUCAGCCAUCCAAGGCAUCGACGCCGAGCAUCCCGUUCAUGUCCUUCGACAUCGGCUCCGCCGCGGCCUCUACCUCGUUUUCCACUCCCCAGUACGCUUCCGCCACCAUUGGCAGCGGCGGCGGAGGCGGAGGCGGAGGCGGUGGUUCCACAGGGUUCGAGGACGAGCCGCCGCUUCUGGAGGAGCUCGGGAUCAACACCAAGCAAAUCUACCAGAAAACGCUCUCAAUCCUGAAUCCGUUCCGCGUGAAAGCGUACCUUCACGAGGACGCGGAUCUGUCAGGGCCGUGCCUGUUCCUGAUGGCGUUCGGGCUCUUCCAACUCCUCGCCGGAAAGCUCCAUUUCGGGAUCCUUCUUGGCUGGGUGAUCAUGGCUUCUUCGUUCCUGUACGUGGUGUUCAACAUGCUGGCGGGGCGGAACGGGGACCUGGAUUUGUACAGGUGCGUGAGCUUGAUCGGGUAUUGCAUGCUGCCGAUCGUGAUCUUGUCGGCGAUCUCGCUGUUUUUGCCGGGAGGAAUGGCCAUUAAUGUUGUAGCUGGAGUGUUUGUUUUAUGGUCCACAAGAGUUUGCACUAAGCUCCUGGUUGAACUCGCAUCCUGCGGGGAUGAACACCAUGGUCUCAUUGCUUAUGCCUGCUUCCUGAUUUACAUGUUCUUCUCCUUGCUAGUCAUAUUUUGAUCUCAGUUACCUCAACUUUUGAUUCUUGUGCAAGUUUUUGCAGCCAUGAAACUAGUUAAUUAGGGCAUUUGUUAUUCUUUCAAGGCUAUGAGUCAUGGAAUUCAAUUCUUUUA